GUGCAUGUUUUUCGAGUCUAAGUGGACUUCCCGACCAGACUAUUUGCUUACGUUAUCUCCACAGCUAAUUAAUCAUAUAAAAAUCUCUCAAAUACGAUAAAAAACAAUUCUUUUGGGUCACCACCUGAGAAGAAUCAGUAGCCAAAGCGAUUCUACCCAUAUCAACAGGCUCAAAUCUUCUUGUGGUCGUGGUCAGUCAGCCUCCAUUAGACAUACUGAAGACGUACACAGAUGAUCUCGUUCACUUGACCUUCAACUCUAGAAAACACCAGCUGCGGCUUGAAGAGUGUGACCCACGCAUUUCAAUGUGAAAAGACUAGACUAGACUAUAAACUUCAAAAAAUAGGCGGUUGGUUGCGGCUUAUUGAAUUUGCCCUGAUCAUGAAAAGGGCUAGAAAAUUGUCGCCUGUAAGUGCCUCCGAACACAAUUUCGUAGUUAAAAAUAGAUGCAGCGUCAAAGACAAGAUUAUUGAGCCAGUUGAAAGAGCGUGGACGCCAAGUAACUGGCAGGAUCUAUAUAGUGGAAUUUCUAGAAUGAGAUCAGCAGUUGCAGCGCCUGUGGAUACAAUGGGCUGUGACAUUAUUAGAAGCGUAGAUUACGAUGAAAAAACCAAUCGAUACCACGUUUUGGUCUCUCUCAUGCUGUCCAGUCAAACAAAAGAUGAAGUUAACAAUGCAGCAAUGGAACGAUUGCUGCAGCACGGUCUUACUCCUACCAGAGUUAGCAGUACCAAUGAAGAUGAAUUGGGAAGUUUAAUCAAGCCUGUCAGUUUUUGGCGAACGAAAGCGAAGCAUAUCAAGCAGGCCACUGAGAUAUGCUGCAGUCAGUACAAUUCUGACAUUCCUCCUGACUUAGAGGGAUUACUUGCUCUCCCCGGUGUAGGCCCUAAGAUGGCCUAUCUUGCCAUGAGCUGUGCAUGGAAGAAGAUAGUGGGAAUAGGAGUAGAUGUGCAUGUUCACAGAAUUAGCAAUAGACUGCAAUGGGUGCCGAAACCUACCAAAACUCCAGAGCAAACGCGACUAGAGCUGGAAAGUUGGCUUCCACAACAAUACUGGGGCGAGGUCAACCAUAUGUUGGUCGGUUUCGGACAAACUGUUUGUCUACCAAAGAAGCCCAAAUGCAGUGAAUGUGCAAUAAACAACCUAUGUCCAUCUGCUUUUAAAACUAAAUGAAAGAACUCAAGAGCGCAUCAAACCUUUGUUUGCGCGAAUCAAAUUUCUGUUGUUAUGUAUAAAUGAAAUCGUACAUUCAUUACCCUUGCGAUUACCUGGAGUAUUAUAACGGGUAAAGAGUAUUUCAACGAUUUCAAAAACUCAAUAAAUUCCACAAAAGUUUUGGCAAUGCUAUUCCUUGUUGUCACGGGCGGCCAUUUUUUUAAAGUUUGAUUAACGCUUUGACCGCACAGGAAGGCGGAUGUAGACUCAGCUUUGUCUUGAUAAUCGAAAAUGGGAUAUGGAAGUUCUGGGUUAGUCAUAAAAUUUUGAAACAAUACUUCUGCAGUCAAAAUUUUUUCUUGGCACACGUUUAAAAAGUCCUUAUAUUGUUGGUCUGUUAAAAGGCCACAAUCUUGCAAGGGUUGAAAAGUUUACUCAAGUCGACGUUUCAAAAUCUGUUGGAGCGCAAAAUCUGUUUUCCUAUCUUCGCUGUAUUCCUAAAUACGGUAAAAUUUUUGUUUCACAAUUUACCUAGCUCAAUUUGAAAUUCUGAACCCUAUAGUGGGGUGCUGUCAAUGUGCACUCCGAGGUUGCAAAUCUGGCGUCCGAGUUUGACUGCUCAAAUCCUUUUGGUUUUCGAAAUAAGGCUUUUUUAUGAUUUAAAUUUUUUUGUUAAACAAAAUUAACAUAUAAAAAACUAGCCGAACUUGAAAAUCUCAAGCCUAAAGUAGGAUGCUGUCUGGGUGCACUCAGAGGUUGCAAAUCGUGGUCCAAGUAUGACUGCUUUAAUUCAUUUGAUUUUAAAGUUUUUUCUUUUUUAAAAGUUAUAUAUGAAACAAACUAACCGAACAUGAAAUUCUCGACUGUAUAAUGGGGCGCUGUGAGGCUACAUUCAGAGGUUGCAAAUCGGGUGGCCAAGUGUAACUGCCCAAAACCCUCUGGUUUUCGAGAUAUUGCGUUUUUUUUGUUUUUCCAAUAUAUUUUUUUCAACAAACGAAUAAAAAAAAAGAAUUCGAACUUGAAAUUCUCAACCCUAUGGUAGGAUGCUGUCACAUUACACUCAGAGGUUGCAAAUAUGGCGUCCAAGUAUGACUGCUCUAAUUCAUUUGGUUUUCGAGAUAGGGCGUUUUUUUAUGAUUUUUUUAAAAAUAAAAUAAUAAAAAAACUAACCGAACUCGAAAUUCUCAACCCUGGGUGGUCUCAGGGAACACUCAGAAGUUGCAAAUCUGGCUUCCAAAUAUCUCUGCUCAAAUCUUUUUCGUUCUCCAGAUAUGGCGUUUAUUAUGAUUUUUUAAAAUGUUUUGCAAAAAAGUUGAAUAUAAAAAAAAUAUCCGAACUUGCAUUUCUCAGCCUUACGGCGGGGUAUUGUCAAAUACUUUUCAGCGUCCUUAUCCGGCCUCCAAUUAUGACUGCUCUAAUUCUUUUGGUUCCCGAGAUUUGGCGAUUUUUUCCAUUUUUUUUAAAAAAACUUGACUGAAAAAACCGAUAUUGAAAUUCUCAAACAUAAUGGUGAGGUUUUGUCAGGGGACACUGUCAGGGUACAAAUCUAGCCACUUUUAAAAAGAACUAAUAGAAAGUAAAAUUUUCAACCCUAUGGUGAGAUGCUGUCAGGGUACAUUAUAGGGUAACAAAUCUCCCUCUAAUUUCAUGUGCUCAAAUGAUUUUGGUUUUCGAGAUAUGGCGUGUUUUUUAAAAUAGGAACCCCUGAUGAUGAGCCCAGUUUAUCUUCACGGUUAGAUUAAAUGUCGCUGUUUUGGUACAUGGUUUCGGAAGCUCUUUUUACGUUUAAAGAUCUAUUUGAAGCAACGUAGGUUCUAAGUUUCUAAACCAUUAUUACUACCGUUUCUUUUAGUUUUUUUUUAAGAAUAAUUAUGACCAGAAUGUUAAUGUAUCAACUUAAAUUAGACCACUAUAUUUUCAGAAGAGACGGUGUGAUAGCAUGUCCCGUCAUCUUGCUGUACAUCGACAACAGCAGUAUCCUUAAGUUUUUACUGCAUAUUAUGCGAUAGCAAGCUCAAAAUUGAAAUAAUUCAAUGGAUAGUUAAUACUCGGCGGCAAAGUAGAAACCGCAAGAGCCGAUGUAUUUUUUUGUGCAUGAAAGCAAUUGCUAGUAAGGUUCGUCCGAAGUAUCGGAAUGUAUCGUUCAAGAAAUGCUUAGGAACUAUCGUAAAAGAUGUAACUCAAGGAUACCACCAUCCUAAGGGGUCAAUUAGUGUAGAAAAUUGAAGCCUUAGUGGUCGUGAUUCGGAUUCCAUCAAAAAAUACAACUUUGUCCCAGUUUCGACAAAAUUAGUCUGAAAUUUUCAGUUUUCAGACCAAAUGACAAUAAGUGGCUGAAUUCUCAUUUCCAGUGCAAUUUUUUACAUUGUUUUAGCUUUUAUAACAAUUCACUCUUGCAGGUGUUAAGUGUCAAUGAUUGUAGUUUGUGUUGAU